GGGGAGGCACCAGUGCCCAGGGCAGGAGGACAGACCGGACUCCUCUACUCGAGGAGAUGGGGGGAAGUGGCUCAGGUUGCGGCUGCCCCAGCAGAAGAACCCUCCCCUUCUCGUGUCUCUGGGUCCUCCUACCGAGACGGAGCGUCCCUGGGAGGCCAGCUCCGGCCUGGAGGGGGGAGUCCAGGGCUCGCCGGUGCCAGUCGCCGCCGGGGCGCGCUCCGGUGCCGCUGUGGGUGGCACAGGCUGGCAGACACGGGCUGGGUGCCCAGGCCCUAAGGGGAGGGGGGCAACUGCUUGCGACCGCCAGGGCCGGCGUUGCGGGUCCGCACCCUAGCCUGUUAGCUCCAGCCCCGCCCCCCGAACAGCAGCCGAUCACUCCGUUCCGGGCGGCGCGACUGCUGAGGGCGCACCACCUGGGCGCAGAGCUUUGGGGCUGGCGGCCCAUGGAGCCGGGGUUGCUGCGGCCAGCACCGGUGAGCGAGGUCAUCGUCUUGCAUUACAACUAUACUGGCAAGCUCCGCGGUGCGCGCUACCAGCCUGGCGCUGGGCUGCGCGCCGACGCCGUCGUGUGCCUGGCCGUGUGCGCGUUCAUCGUGGUCGAGAACUUGGCCGUGCUGGUUGUGCUCGGACGCCACCCGCGAUUCCAUGCGCCUAUGUUCCUGCUCCUGGGCAGCCUCACGCUGUCUGACCUGCUGGCGGGAGCCGCCUAUGCGGCCAACAUCCUGCUAUCGGGACCGCUCACGCUGCGCCUGUCGCCCGCGCUUUGGUUCGCGCGAGAGGGCGGCGUCUUCGUGGCGCUGGCCGCAUCCGUGCUGAGUCUCCUGGCCAUCGCGCUCGAGCGCCUCCUCACCAUGGAGCGCCGGGGACCCGCGCCCGCCGCGCGUCGAGGGCGCACGCUGGCGCUGGCGGCCGCCGCCUGGGGCGUGUCGCUGCUCCUCGGGCUACUGCCUGCUCUUGGCUGGAAUUGUCUGGGCCGUCUGGACGCCUGCUCCACUGUCCUGCCGCUCUACGCCAAGGCCUACGUCCUCUUCUGCGUACUCGCCUUCGUUGGCAUCCUGGCUGCCAUCUGUGCACUCUACGGACGCAUCUACUGCCUAGUCCGCUCUAAAGCGCAGCGCCUACGCGCGCGCCCCGGGGCUGGCGAGGGCGCCUCGACCCCCGCACGCCGCACACCGCGCUCCUUAGCGCUGUUGCGCACGCUCAGCGUGGUGCUCCUGGCCUUCGUGGCGUGUUGGGGCCCCCUCUUCCUGCUACUCUUGCUGGAUGUGGCGUGCCCGGCGCGGGCCUGCCCCGUGCUCCUGCAGGCGGACCCCUUCCUGGGCCUGGCCAUGGCGAACUCGCUUCUGAACCCCAUCAUCUACACGUUCACCAACCGCGACCUGCGUCAGGCGCUCCUCAACCUCAUCUGUUGCAGCUGUCUCCCCUGCGGCCGAGGCUCAGGCUCGGGUGCCUCCCAGCGGUCGGGUAGCGGCCCUGAGGCUUCGGGCGGCCUGCACCGCUGGCUGCCUCCUGGCCUGGGCGGCAGCUCCAGCCGCUCCGAACGCUCGUCGCCCCAGCAGGAUGGGCUGGACACGAGCGGCUCUACUGGCAGCCCUGGAGCUCCCACAGCAGCCCAGACUCUGGUACCCCUGCCCGCCGCAGACUGAUGCCUUUUGGCCUGCCAUUGCCUUCCCUAAGAGCUCUUUUGCAGACUUUCUUUUUAAAUAAAUGAAUUUGUAGGAAAAGCAGCCGAAGGUGGUGAAGGUAGAAAAGACGCAGGAAAACGUAUUUUCUUGACGCUAAACCCCGCAGGAAUGGACAAAAUAGACAAAAAUCCCUGCCCUUGUGGAACUGAUGUUCUGGUGGCAGACAUGGACAAUAACGGAGUAAAGAGGUAUGGAGGUAAUUCCAAUGACAAUACAGUGAUGUGAUGGUGGUCAGGUGAUGCCUCUCUGCCGAGGUGGUGACCUGUGAUGUGAGCUGAGACGGUCACUGUCCUGGGAAAUUCUGAAAGAAGAGCAUUUCAGGUGGAGGGAACAGCAGGUGCAAAGGCCCUGAGGCUAGAAUAUGCCUGUGUGUUCUCUGAAAAGCAAGGAUUUCAAUGUGGCUGGAGCAGCGAUGGAGAGGGAGAGUGGAAGGAAACAAAGGCAGGGAAAUAAUGGGGCAGGUGGUGCAGGGCCCUGUGGGCCCAGGAGAGGACUUUGCUUUUGCUCUGAGUAAGGCGGGAUUCAUGGAGGGUUUUAGGCAGAGGAGGGACUUAAUCUGGUUUAGAUGUUUCCAGGUGCCUCUGGUUUUGUCGGGGGCAAAGCUAGGAGAAUAAGAUGAUGGUGACUGCACUGGCCUAAGGAAGCGAUGAUAAGGACUCAGACCAUAUGGACUUAUUGUGCCUGGAUAGUUACCCCCACAGUGCUAGGCCCAGGACACACCUUUUUCUCACCCGGACUGCAACCUUGCAAAAUAGGUUUCCUCACCUCCAUUUGACAGGUGAGGAAACUCCAAGAACUGAGUACCUUGUCCCAAUGUCCGCCGAGGCAGGAUACUAGCCUAGGCUGUCAGGCUGUGAGGCCCAAGGAGGCACACGCCUAAUGUCCUGCCCCUCCUGCGGGGCGGGGGGGUCUGUCAAGGCCAGGCUGACGCUCCCUCCUUCAGGGGUCUGCAUUCUUGGCCGGGGGCGGUACCAGGGCCCCGUUUGUGCCCAUAAAAUCCUCCAGGCGCGCUGGCCACAGCCCCAGCUGUCCUCUGGCGCAUUCCUAAUCCUUCCGGAGGGGCCGGCGGGAGAGGGGCGGGGCGAGAGUGGGGAAAGGACCGGGGGUCCCGGUCUCAUACUGCGGCGGGCCACCUGCCGGGAGAUAGCGGAACUGCAGGCAGUCGCGAGCCAGGCGGUGUUUUGGGGGAGGCUCUGACCCAGCCUAGGGGACUGAGUCUCCGUGGGCCGUCCCUGCAGACCUCAUGCACAGGAAACCAACGAAUUUCCUGGAACACAAACACACCCAAGCCUGGAGUUAUAUCCCAGGCCACUUCAGAACUGGACCCAAUUUCCCACCUGGCCUGACGCCCCUACCCCAGGCUCCGGUAAUCUUCCAGGGCAACCUGAGAUAUCCCACCCCAUUGUUCAGUUGUUUGAUGGUGUGAUGAUAGAUUUCACUUGUUCACAUUUUACAAAAUUCAAAAAGCACCGGUUUCCCUUCCUGGAUGCAUACACUGUUCAGAAACUUCCAGAGCUAUCCUGUGAAUAUAUGAGCUGAAAUGUAAAUACAUUUCCUCUCUUUUUACACAACUUGA